AUGGCAAAGCAACCUACCGGACCUCGUCACGCUGAAGUCACAGGUCUCAGCUCGUGCGGCAUCGUCGUCGUUGACGCCGAGCCGUGGAACAUGCGCGGCCCCACCGAAUGUCGUGAGUUUGGCAUCGCGUACAUACCUCCCAUACAAUCGUUCCACGGCGAUGAUAUAUGUCUGCCCCAGACUUUGGUGUCAUACCAACAACACUAUGGAUUUCAGAGCCGCUGCUGUCACAUUUGGGGCAGGGAAAGGGAAAAGAGCGGCCAGGCUUUCGCGUUCGGCGAAGUUGACGUCGUAGACGCGGAGUUGGUCGAGGAGAGGCUGCUCAGGGUCAUGAAGUCCUUCAACAACACCAGCUCUAAACCCGUACUCGUCGGAUUCGAUCUGAGCUUCGAGCUUCAGGUUAUCGCGGCGCACUACCCACGGCUGACGGGGCUGUUCUUGAGCUGGGUGGACGUGCAGGAGCUCGCCGCCGGCGCCUCUGGCCGCCAUCCGACGAAAAUGCCCAGCCUCCGCGACACUCUGAUCGCGCUGGGGUUCGGCGACGACCCGCGUGCGGUGUGCGCCCACAGGAACUGGAGGCACUGCGCUGGAAACAACGUGGUGCGCCUUGCUGCUGGCUUGAUUGAGCUACUCAGGCGGCCGGAAUCCUGUCCACCUCCAGAGAUUGGCCAGUCACAAAAGAAGUCAAGCAAGCAGAAGAGGCACGACACGCCCUCCCUGACACAAAAGCAGUGGAGAGCCAGGCCAAGACCCUACGACUUUUACCCUUUUGUUGCGAGGAUAUACGAGACCAGUGAGCAUCAGGCUUUACGAAGAUUCUCGCUGUACAGGUUUUUCGACUACUUCUCAGGCUAUAGCCCAACCGCUGCUGGAAUUAAUCCCAGCAAAAAGUAUGGUUGGGUCUGUCUACCCACGCACGAGGAACUAAUGACAUUUGUCCGACACUUUGACGGUACACAAGAAAGUGAAGAGGGAUACAUAUGGAAGGCCGUUGCGGAUCCUACGGACUCAACUACAUCGGCUGCCACAUCAACCACGCCAAAGAAAAAUAGAGUCCACGAGAGAGAUUUUAGUCAUUCGGAUGGUGAGAUUGGGGAUAUCUCGGACAUGUUCAGAGGGAUGGAACUAUUCCUAGAAGUAGACAGCACAAUGUAA